AUGACGACACCAUCGCGACGACGCCUGAUGCGCGACUUCAAGAAGCUUCAGGCAAGCCACUGCUUUUUCACGUGCUUCUUGGCACUGCUGGUGUGCGCCGCCUAUCGAGGAGAGGACCCGCCAGCUGGGGUCAGUGGUGCACCCACGGAGGACAACAUAAUGAUGUGGGAGGCAGUCAUUUUCGGGCCGCAGGAUACACCGUUCGAGGAUGGGACAUUCAAGUUGACCCUCGAGUUUAGCGAGGAGUACCCGAACAAACCGCCAACAGUCAAAUUCGUUUCCAAAAUGUUCCAUCCGAAUGUUUAUGCUGAUGGCAGUAUAUGUCUUGACAUUUUGCAGAAUAGAUGGUCUCCGACGUAUGAUGUGGCUGCAAUCCUUACGUCGAUCCAGUCGCUGCUCGAUGAGCCCAAUCCCAACAGUCCUGCAAAUUCCCUUGCCGCGCAGCUUUACCAGGAAAACAGACGGGAAUAUGAGAAACGGGUGCAGCAGAUCGUUGAACAGGAGGCACUGAUAUCAAGUAGAAUUUAUGAGGGAUUCGGUCGUAUACUGUAUGUGUUGCAGUCAUGGUUGAGUUUUGGAGAAAACGAGGGAGAAUUGGAGGCUAAAGAGAGUGCCGAAAAUGAUGAGGAGUUGGGACACGAUGAGGACGAUCCGCAGAUGCCUUCCGCUUCUGGCUCGACGCGCUUAGACAAUGCAGGAUCCUCAUCCUCUGCCUGA